CACAGGAUGAAAAGCGCGUUUACCUUUAAGUAGGACACUAGUGAGUUAUUUGCAGACUACAAUGACCUGCUUCACAACAACCAGGGAUAUUUAAAGCUUCUGUCGGUUUUAAAGUGGAUGUUUUUUAUCAUGCUGAGAUUCUGUACAUAAAGCUGCGCGGCUCGGUUCGUGGGGUUUAGGCAGUUUUGGAAGAGUCCCAAAAAAAGGUCUCACUGCGAUCAGGAUGCACUGUGAGAACUGGAUGUCCGCUUUACCCGAAGAGAUAUGGGACGUCCCGCUCACCCACCUGGCCAUACCUGGAAGCCACGAUGCCAUGAGCUACUGUCUGGACAUCAGCUCUCCCCUCGUCCGCUCUGAAUCAGACUUCUUCAGGGUCCUGGACUCAGUCUGCUGCUGCUUCACAAGACAUGUCAUCUUCAAAUGGGCCACAACUCAGGAUAAAACUAUUGAGGAACAACUCUCUUUGGGCAUUCGAUACUUUGACCUGAGAAUUGCUCACAAACAAAACGACCCCAGUCCUGACCUGUAUUUUACCCAUGUACUGUACACACACCUCACUGUCCUGGAAACACUGAUGUCUGUCGCUGGAUGGCUCAGAUCUCACCCAAAAGAAGUGGUCAUUCUCGAAUGUAGCCAUUUUGAGGGGAUCAGCGAAAAACUUCAUGAAUCCUUUAUUUUUUCCAUUAAGAAAAUAUUUGGAUCCAAACUCUGCCCCAAAAAGGCCGAUAUUUCUUUGAGGAAUCUUUGGGCAUCUGGAUACCAAGUUAUUCUGGCCUAUGAAGACCAAAUCGCAGCAAGACACCCAGAGAUGUGGCCGGGUGUCCCGUACUGGUGGGCCAAUCAGAAAACAGCAACAGAAGUCAUAAGGUACUUGGACUGGAAGAAGGAGCUUGGACGACCAGAGGGUUUCUUUGUGUCUGGCCUAAACCUGACGGCUGACAGGUAUUACAUCGCCACUCACCUGAGGGACUCGCUGCGCACCUUGACUUUGAAGAACUGGGAGUGCCUGAGGUCCUGGGUGGAAGAACAGGUUCCUGGAUCUCAGCACCAAAGUGUAAACAUAAUUGCUGGGGACUUUGUUGGCCCCAUCCCCCUCUGCCCAGUUGUUAUAGGGCUCAACCAAAAGCUGCUCAGAAAAAACAACAAAAAUGGCAUUCACUAGCUUUUAAUAUAAUGUUUUUAAAUGGUAUUAUGGGUACCUUCCAAACACUGUGAUUGAACUUGCCUUUUUCCCUUAAUAAUUACAGUUGGUUAAAAGGGUUUUCCUUAUGGGUUUGCAUCAAUAAAUAAUGUCUUUCCCAUUCAGCAGUUGUAUGCAUGCUGGUCAGAGAUCACAUUUCUUGUGCCAGAUGCCCUUCCUUCAUCAUUAGGUUCAGUUUCAUCCCAAACAACUCAAAAAACACAGUUAAAAUGGGAUUUGCUCAUAUUUACUGAAAGUAUUUAAAGCUACUUUUAUGUACUUUUACAUACUGGGAACAUACUGGGACAUACUGGGAAUUUUUGCAUAAAUAAUCAUCUUAAACAGUGGUGUCCAGUGAUGGGGGGGGCUCAGUAGCAUUUUGUCUGUUGUUACUAUAUAGAUGGUUGUUAUGCUCUGAGCCAAAUUUCUCCAUGAGGACACGAAAUUAAAAAAAAACUGAAACCUUCCUAGUUUACUUUAUGUCAGUGUUUUCAGGGUUUUAUGCCUUCCCUUUUCUGCAUUUAUCGGGUAUGGCACUGGCAUGUUGUCAAUAUUACCUCACUGUGGCUGAAAAUAACAGGGACUUUAUUAGCAUUACGGGUUACUUUGUUAUUUUAUAUUUACAACUGUGAAUUAAUUAAGCAUUGACUUGCAAAUUGUCUGCCUUCUAGUGUGUAGCGAUCUUAAAGGUGUUAUAGCAUCACACCAGAUGCCCUUAUUAGUUAUAACCAUUUCUUCAGUUUAUAUGGAAAAAAAGAGAAAAUUUUAGACAGGAGUAACUUGUGUCCUGUAUUUUAUAUUUUUAACUCUUUAAACAUAUUUUGGAAAAUUUUGGGUUCUAUUUGACAGUUCAGUAUUGCGGGUAGGAACCUUCAGGAAGCUAUCUCUCCACAUUUGGACCACAGUGCAGAGGCAGACUUGCUUGUGUACCUGGGUUCGAACAGCAUAUUAUUUGUGUCCUGUUUGUAUUCUGCUUUUUCAGUUGUUGGUGUUGUUAGACAUUUUAUUUUUAAGUGUUAUAUGGGUGUAUUACUAUGCACCGAAUAAUGGUAUCUGUGCAAUAAUCUUAGGUGAAAUACUUUUUGUAAAACUUGGAAUGAAAGAUGAAUGAAAUAAAUCAACUUGUGCCAUCAA